UGUUGGGGGGCGGGGCCUACAUGACAAUGGCGGGCGAGCUGGAGAGUUCUAAGUCCCUGAGCGGGCUGCUGAGCGGCCUGGCUCAGAAAGAUUUUCACGGGCACCCGGACAUUACUGAGGAGCUGCUGCGGAGCCAGCUCUACCCGGAGGUGCCCCCCGACGAGUUCCGGCCUUUUCUGGCGAAGAUGAGGGGGAUUCUGAAGUCUGUUGCAUCUGCAGACAUGGAUUUCAAUCAGCUGGAAGCAUUCUUGACUGCUCAAACCAAAAAGCAAGGAGGGAUCACAUCUGAUCAAGCUGCUGUCAUUUCAAAAUUCUGGAAGAGUCAUAAGACAAAGAUCCGAGAAAGCCUGAUGAACCAGAGCCGCUGGGACAGUGGGCUUCGGGGCCUAAGCUGGAGAGUUGAUGGCAAAUCACAAUCGAGGCACUCAGCUCAGAUACACACCCCUGUUGCUAUAAUGGAGCUGGAAAUAGGGAAAAGUGGACAGGAAUCUGAAUUUCUGUGUUUGGAAUUUGAUGAGGCCAAGGUCAACCAAGUUCUGAAGAAGCUCUCAGAGGUAGAAGAAAGUAUCGGCACACUGAUGCAGCCAGCCUAGCUGAAAAUGGACUUGUUGAAGCAAAGAUUGUGAAAAUAUAGAACAUUCUAAGAACAGUUAAAUGACUCAUCAUCCUAAUCUAGAGAGAUAAUAGAAAGAAAGCUAGAACUGGAAGAAGAGUUGACAUUCCCUGAAUGAAUUCCUGGAAGUGGAGCAGACUGUUUUUAAGACUUUAAUAAACGCUGGCAGAUUCUUUGCAGAAAGGUUAUAUCAGUUUAUAUUCCCUCUAAGAAAGUAUGAGAAUAAAACACUCCUCUUCUUGCCUAAUUGGGUAUUAUCUGUUUUUGUAUUUUCUGGGACUAGUUUUAUAAAUUUUUGCAAGGGACACAUACUUAAACCAGGACAUCUCUCUGGGGAAAGGACCAAGGAGGGAGAAAACUGGCAUAAGGGUCCCAGCAGAUCCCACCAGGUUUCCUACCUCUGUAAUCCUAUGUUAAAACCACUUUAUUUUAAGUUCAGGAAAUAUGGGGCAAAGUAAAAAUAAUCCUCAGCCUGAAUUAGGCCUUGUAGAAAUUGUCCUUGCUUGAGCAAUAAGCACUCUAACUUGCCUGUUCAGAAGAAGUCUAGGCAAAAGCCAAAAGUUGCUCUCAGAAUAAAGUCAGACAGAAACUCCAGACUUCAGUAGUUUCACGUUGAUAAGAAACAAAGGAUUGGCCUGAUCCUCAGUGCUGGCUUUUCUUGGGAGCUCUGAUUCUAAUCAACUCAUCAGUGAAGGCUUAAAUUCCACCAUUUUAGCCUCCCCUUUCCUUUAUAUAACUCUCUCUUCCCCCAGUCUUAUUUCAAUGAUGAUUCAAAAAGAAUGACAGCGCCCUAACCGGUUUGGCACAGUGGAUAGAGCAUCAGCCUGCGGACUGAAGGGUCCCAGCUUCGAUUCCGGUCAAGGGCAUGUACCUUGGUUGCGGGCACAUCCCCAGUAGGAGGUGUGCAGGAGGCAGCUGAUCGAUGUUUCUAACUUUCUACCCCUCUCCCUUCCUCUGUAAAAAAUCAAUAAAAUAUAUUUAAAAAAAAGAAUGACAGCAUUUUGAAAUUUAGUUUAAGUUAUUCUCCCCUAAAUGCAAGAAGGCAGUGAAAAGCCAAGGAUGACGUUGAGUACCUGGAAUCUUAAAUACCUGUCACUAGCUAUUAGUUACUGAAGUUCUUUUUUUAGACCUGAGUGAAACGUUGGAAUACAGAAUAUAAAUAGAAAUUAAAUGAAAAUAAAUGUUAAACAGAAUGUUAGAAAGUAUUUUUUUUGGAAGUGCACAAUAAAUGCCUAGACCAGUAAAGGG